CAGACGUCUGACCGAGAGCAGAAACUAGAUUUGGAAGCUGUAUAGUGUCCCUUUAAAGGAUGCUCCCGCUUGGUAAUGCUGCUCUGCGUUUUCUGGUUACAGAGCACUCAGGUGUUGUGAAAUGACAGGACUUCUUGAGAGUUGUAUUUGAAUAUUCAUAACUGUGAGCCUGUGAAAGCGGAACAUUCACAACCAGCCCCUAUAAAUUUAAGCAACAUUAGCAGUCCGACUCCCAGUGGAGUGAGCAGCACCGCUGACUUUUACUUCCAGGAGUUGGAAUGAACGCCAUGAGUCCACUGUGGUAUCGAGAAUGGGUUAUAUGCUUCUUGGGCACAUUUCUUGCUUUUGGCUUGACUCUUCCAACCAGACGGAAAUCUCCAGCAGGACCGGACCAGCUGCUGGAAGAGGAAACCCUGGAGAAAGCUGAAGUAUUCCUGCAAAAAUAUGGCUACAUUAAGCAAGGAGUACAUGCAAAGUCACACGAUGCUCUGCUGAAAGAGGCAGUAAAGGAGUUUCAGUGGGUCACACACAUACCUAUGAGUGGAGUUUUGGAUGAUAGCACCAUUCAUCAGAUGUCUCUGCCAAGAUGUGGGGUGAAAGAUACUAAAACCCACAGUGCCUGGGCAAAACGAGUCAAUGCCAUCUUCUUAGGGAAAGGUUUUGGAUCCAGACGUAGGAAACGCUUUUCACCACAAGGAGAGAAGUGGUACAAACGUCAUUUGAGUUACCGGAUUGUGAACUGGCCUCGGUUCCUCUCCCCAAGUCAUGUGAGGUUGGCAUUCAAGACUGCCUUUGAGUUGUGGAGCAACGUGUCAUCACUGGUAUUCUGGGAGAAGACAGAAGGGCCUGCAGAUAUUCGUCUUGCAUUCUUCCAGGGAAACCACAAUGAUGGGACCAACAAUGCCUUUGAUGGGCCAGGAGGAGCCUUGGCCCAUGCAUUUUUCCCACGCAGAGGGGAAGCACACUUUGAUAAUGAUGAGCGCUGGUCAUUAAACCGCAGCAAGGGGCGGAACCUCUUCAUUGUUGCAGCUCAUGAGAUUGGUCACACCUUAGGAUUAGAGCACUCAUCUGUCAGAAAUGCACUGAUGUCACCGUACUACAAAAAGCUGGGAAGGGACUUUGUCCUGAACUUGGAUGACAUCCUAGCAAUACAAAACCUCUAUGGAAACCCACCAAACGGAGCAGCAUUCCAGUUACCAGGAAACUUCUUCAUAUCUUUCCAGGACCACACAGAGCAUGAUUCUGAUGUACCCAGUACAGCUGAACCAAGUGGUCCCAGUUCUUCUUACUGCUACUCCUUCUUUGAUGCCAUCACAAUGGAUUUGCAACAUAAUGUUUACAUAUUCAAAGGAAGUCACUACUGGAAUGUGUCAAAAGAAGGCUAUAGCAAAGGGCCUUAUCUUCUACAGAAAAGCUGGCCAGAACUUCCGUCCACAAUUGAGGCUGCAGGUGUGUCAGAAGCAGAUGGAAAAUUCUAUUUUUUCAAAGGUAGCCGUUGUUGGAGAUACCAAGACAGAGUUCUUGAAAUGGGUUUUCCUCAGAAGACAUCCACAAUGGGCCUCCCAAGACAUCCUGAUGCAGCAUUUUACUUCCCACCACUUGGACACAUGGUGGUCUUCAAAGGCCCAAAAUAUUACAUUCUGAAUGAGGAGCUGCUCCAGGUUGAACCAUACUAUCCACGAAGUCUUCAGGACUGGAAAGGACUUCCCCUUCAUGUGAAUGGAGUCAUUACCAGAGAAGAUGGUUUUAUGUACUUCCUUAAAGAAGACAGCUACUGGAAAUUUGACAAAAGUAGAUUAAAAGUAGUCAGCAAAGGUCUGUGGGCAAAUGAUCUUCAUUGGACUGGUUGCCAAGAUAAGAAUAUUACUAAUGCAGUGGAUGGAAAGUCAUGACUUCUCUGGACUGUUUCUUCUCAAGCUUGAACCAAGGUGCAAUCAUAAGAACAAGAAAUCCAAGCUUUUACAUGUUACAUUUCUGGCCUUACACAUCUGACAUUGGAAAUAUAACUUGACAAAAGUAUGCGUGACAAUAAGGCAGUUAAGCAAAGUCAGAAAAACAUUUCAAGCAGCUUGACAGCAGUUACACAUUUUCUGCUUAGUGUAGCACACGAACAACUUGUCUUUUUUUUUUCUCCCCAAUUUUGUAACUUUUACUGAAGUGCAUCGAGACUUUUGGGUUUUGGGCAACUCAUGGUUAGGGCUUUUACUGUCUGAUUUAAGCAGCAUAAGUCUGAAAAAACACUGUGUAACAGCAGUACUUAAUUUCUAUAAGAACUUGUGUUUCUAACUGCUCCAGACUGUAUUCAUCUGGUGAGUUAUUAUGAGAAUAGACUUUGGUGGCCAACAGUAAAGUAUUUCUUGGCUGUAUUGACUUAAAAUGGAUGAGAUGACCAACUAGAUAAAGUAAUGCAUUAUUAAAAUUGGACUUCACUUAUAUUUAUUGAUCACUAUUGUUGUGAUACUGAGAGUUCACUUUUGGAAUUCAUUAUUGUGGUGGAUACUGUAUUUUCUGGUAUUUUUCAUUAUUUAGAUUUAAGGUGCAUUUUCAUAGACAUUUAGAGAAUCUUUACAAUGUAAGCCAUUAUUAAAGAGAGAAUAUUGCCAUGCAACAAAACUUUUGAUUUUAUAUACGUGAGAAUGUAAAUAAGAGUGUCUGUAAAAUGUAUUGAUUGUCCAAAGAAAAUAAGUAUAUUAAACUUCAGAAGGUUGGUAAAUUAA